AUGGCCACCAAGCGGGACGAAGAUCCCGGCGUCGGGUCAUUCUACAACAACAAAAGCACGAUCAUUCAAGAAGCGCGCGUCUUCAACGAGUCUCCUAUCAGCGAUAGUUUUGGUACUCAAGAAGCGACGAAUUUGUUCUUUGGGACUACAAAGUUGUUUCAAAAUAAAGAUGCAGCGCUGAGACAGAUGGUGUACCUGGCUGUUAAAGAGCUAUCAACGACUGCCGAAGAUGUGAUCAUGGUAACGAGCAGCAUCAUGAAAGAUAUGCAAGGCAACCUUGAUGCGGUCUACCGACCAAACGCAAUUCGCGCUCUAUGCAGGAUCAUCGACUCGACAAGGCACCUAGCAUCGCACCCCGCUCUUGUGUCCUCGUACCACCUCUUCCCAGUCUCAAAGGACGUCAUCAAACGAUGGGUCAACGAGGCCCAAGAGGCGUUGAACACCAAACCCACUUCCUCCUACUUUAAUCCCAUCUCUUCUUCGGGCUGGGGAUCCAGGUCCCAGCCAGACCAACAACAAGUACUCCCAUCGACAACAUUUGUUACCCAGUACCAUGCUCUAGGAUUGUUGUACUUGAUCCGACAGCAAGAUCGCAUGGCGGUGACCAAGAUGAUUCAGCAGUUUGGCGGAGGAAAGGGCGGAGCGAGUGGUACGCUCAAGAAUCCUAUGGCACUUUGUAUGCUCGUUCGUUACGCUGCCAAGAUCAUGGAGGAAGAUCCCAAGAAACAGUAUGCAACGUCAAAUAUGGAUCUCCUCGAGUCAUGGUUGCGUCACAAGUCUGACAUGGUCAACUUUGAAGCUGCACGCGUCAUUUGCGAGUUCCAAGCCAAGGCGAGCACACCUCUGCCCGUCCUCACCAAGGCGGUUUCGGUUCUCCAGUUGUUCUUGUCUUCCCCAAAGCCGGUUCAAAAGUUUGCGGCGAUUAGGACCUUGAAGCGUGGCUACGUAUGCGAUCACAACUCUACUCAAGACCGGAAACGAGGCCUCUGUCGACCGCUCAUGAAGCAAAUCACCGGCUUCAUGGCCGAAAUCAGCGACGAAUUCAAAGUCAUCGUCGUCUCGGCCGUGCGUGCCCUGUGUCUCAAGUUCCCGUCCAAACAAGCGCUUAUGCUGUCUUUCCUUGCGGGCGUGCUGCGCGACGAAGGAGGCUACGAAUUCAAACGCGCCGUCGUCGAGGCGUUGUUUGAUAUGGUCGCCAGAGUGGCCGAGGCCCGAGAUGCGGCGCUCGCGCAUUUGUGCGAAUUUAUUGAAGAUUGCGAGUUUACCAAGUUGAGUGUGAGGAUAUUAUAUCUUCUUGGUGUGGGGGUCCCAAGUCGCCUCAGCCUACGAAAUACAUUCGAUACAUCUACAACCGCGUCGUUCUUGAGAAUGCAAUUGUUCGUGCGGCUGCUGUAUCAAGUCUCGCUAAAUUCGGGUGAAUGCUAUCGAUGUUGCGAUGAGGAGGAGCACGACGAAGUCCGUGACCGAGCGGCAAUGUAUCUCAAGGUCAUUGAAGAAGAAGAAUUGGCGCAGACAUAUGUCAAGGAUGAGGGUGUAUUCUCCCUGGCGGCUCUUGAAUCCAAGCUGGUCGCGUACGUAAAUGAUACCGACGCCCAAACCGAAUCGUUCGAUGCGUCCGAAAUUCCGAGGAUCAGCAAGGAUCAAGCCAAGGCUGAGAGUGCUCGUCCAUCAGCAUUGGAUGCUACUUUGGCUAUUAAUGCGCCUAAAGCGGCGACGCCCGCAGCCGCAGCACCUAGCGCAGCAGAAACCCAAUCCAACUAUGCGGAGCAACUUGCUGCUGUGCCCGAGUUGGCUUCGUAUGGGCCUGUGCUUGGGAGCAGCGUCAAGCCUGUGCAGCUCACCGAGAGCGAGACUGAAUAUGUGGUUGCGUGUGUAAAGCAUUUGUUCAAGGAACAUGUUGUAUUCCAGUUCAACGUGACAAACACAUUGCCCGACACAUUGCUAGAGCAAGUGGUAGUUACCAUGGCGCCUUCAGAGGAGACGGGAGCUUCCUUUACAGAGGACUUUAUCAUUCCUAUUCCGGCACUGAGUGCUGCCUCGCCAUCCGGUGCCGUCUACGUCUCGCAUACAAGAGAAGUGGACCCUACCAGUGGGGAGCCUGAAGAAGACGGAUAUGAGGAUGAAUACAAUUUGGAAGAUGUGGAAAUUAGUGCCGGGGAUUGGAUUAGGGGAAGCUUUGUGUAUUUGCCAGCGAGUGCCAUGGAUAGUAUCAAAGGUGCGCUCGUCUUAUUUGGGUAUCUUCAGCAAGUGAUUGAUGGAGCGCCAUCUAGCUGCGUGCGACUCGCUCAUCGAAAUCCUCGGAAUGGAGCCCCUGGGUGGGACAGAAAACCGACGAGCAAAUCGGUGCAUACGUUGCAGUUGAGUGGAUUUGUAGUCGGGGGAGGUGGAAAAGUGCUGGCUCGGUGUCGAAUGACGUAUGCCGCUGGUGACGGUGUAACACUCGAGUUGGGGGUUCGGGCUGAGAAGGAAGAGGCUGCGAGAUUGGUGGUUGGGGCUAGACAGCGAAAAUCAUAA